UUUAAUUUUUUUUGUUAAGUGUACUAUUUUGAUAUUAGAAUUUAAUUGUCUGAAUUCAAUAAUAUUGAUUUUGAACUCGUUUUUUUGUUUAUUAUAACUAUUGACAUGUUGGUAUAACAAUAUUUUUCCUAAAUAACUCCACUAUUAUAAAUAUAUAUACACUAUUAUAUUCAGUUUUAACAUUAAUAUAACUAUUUAUAAAUAUCACUGAUAGAAGUUGAAUUUUAACUAAUCAAUAUAAAUAUAAGCAUCCGCAUUACUAUUUUUACAUGUAAUGUAAAUAUAUAUUAGUUGUAAAUUAAAAGUAAUAUAAACAUAUAAAAUAUGUUUUUUCAGUAAACAAAACAUAUAAAAUAUGUGAUGUAAAACACUUUCUGUAUGUGCAAAAAAAAAGAGUAAAACAUGGGAAGCCUCGAGCUGUGUGUUGAAGAAAAGGAAAGCGAAUGUUUUGAAUUCUGAAAUGCUCCAAAUGCAAAUCGACAAAAAGAAAAUAAUGGUAACGAGAAUGAUCGAUCCAAAUUGGGAAGUCUUGUAACAGCUCGUGCUGCUGCUUCAUUUUAAUCAUAUGUCUCUUAAUUAUUUAACGAUUUUCUUAUGCAAUUGUUUCCGUAUAAGUCUAAACAUCUCCUUGGAUGCCUCUGUACGUCAAAGUUGUAACGUAAUGUGAGAAAAAACAAGUAGGUUUAGAUUAAAAGUGCAUGAAAUAGCUUCUAAUUGCCAUUUCAAAAUAUCUAACAAAAGGUAAUAUAUAUCUAAGUUUAUAACAAAGUUUAAGCUGUAGAAAAAAAGAUACAAUCGUACCCAAAAGAAAUAAAAUAAUGUGAAAAUCUGGAUCUUAUUUUUACGUAAUAUGGAAGAUAUUUCUAACGCUAAUACCUUAAGUUAUUAAUAGAAAGUACGUAGCAUAAAGUUUUUCCUUUGCUAUUCACAUAAUAUAUAGUUAACAAAACAAAAAACCAAUAAUCAUUGUGGGUCCCUGUGGAAAUGAAAAAAAUGAAGUUUCUUGACUCCUUUUCUAUAAAAACCACAUCUUCCUCUCUUCUCAUCACACUCGAAUACAAAUGAGACUUUGCUUUUGAUCAGUCUCAUUCCAUAAGUUCUUCACAGCAAAGAAAAUACAAGAAUAUGUGCAAAAGGGCAUUACAUUACCCCCAAGUAGAAACCCCUCCACCACAACCUUUCUUGAAAUCACUAAAGAACACUCUCAAUGAAAUCCUUUUCGCCGACGAUCCGUUCCGAAAAAUCAGGAACGAAUCGAAAACGUCGAAAAAGAUCGAGUUAGUGUUGAGACACGUGUUCCCGAUCUUGGAAUGGGCUCGUGGUUACAAUUUGAACUACUUGAAAUCAGACGUUAUCUCAGGGAUCACGAUAGCAAGUCUUGCUAUUCCUCAAGGGAUUAGCUAUGCUCAACUCGCUAAUCUCCCUCCAAUCCUUGGUCUUUACUCGAGCUUCGUGCCGCCGAUGGUUUACGCGAUAAUGGGAAGUUCAAAAGAUUUAGCGGUGGGUACAGUAGCGGUGGCGUCGCUGUUAACGGCGGCAAUGCUGGGAAAAGAGGUAAGCGCGGUGGAGAAUCCAAAACUUUACCUUCACUUAGCUUUCACCGCCACUUUCUUCGCCGGACUCAUGCAAACCUGCCUUGGCCUCUUACGGUUAGGAUUCUUGGUGGAGAUAUUGUCGCACGCGGCGAUCAUAGGGUUCAUGGCUGGAGCAGCGACGGUGGUUUGUCUACAACAACUGAAAGGAUUACUUGGUCUCAGUCACUUCACCCAUUCCACUGAUGUCGUCUCCGUUCUUCGUUCCAUCUUUUCUCAGUCUCAUAUGUGGAGAUGGGAGAGUGGAAUACUAGGGUGUUGCUUCCUCUUUUUCCUUCUUACAACCAAGUACAUUAGCAAGAAGAGACCAAAGCUAUUCUGGAUAUCUGCAAUGGCUCCACUUGUUUCUGUCAUUUUUGGAAGCCUCUUCGUUUACUUCCUCCAUGCCCAGUUCCAUGGCAUCCAAAUUAUUGGAGAAUUAAAGAAAGGGAUUAAUCCACCGUCCAUCACACAUCUGGUUUUCACGUCACCUUAUGUCACGCUGGCUCUUAAAACCGGCAUUAUCACUGGAGUCCUAGCUCUUGCUGAAGGAAUUGCAGUGGGGAGAAGCUUUGCAAUGUAUAAGAAUUACAACAUAGAUGGUAACAAAGAGAUGAUUGCAUUUGGGAUGAUGAACAUUUUUGGUUCCUUCUCCUCUUGCUAUCUCACUACCGGACCGUUUUCACGUUCCGCGGUGAACUACAACGCCGGUUGCAAAACGGCGGUAUCAAACGUGGUGAUGGCGGUUGCAGUAGCAGUAACAUUACUGUUCUUAACGCCAUUAUUCUUUUAUACGCCGUUAGUAGUUCUGUCGUCUAUCAUCAUCGCCGCCAUGCUUGGACUCGUUGACUACGAAGCAGCCAUGCAUCUUUGGAAACUCGACAAGUUCGAUUUCUUCGUUUGUCUCUCUGCUUUCCUCGGCGUCGUUUUUGGUACCAUUGAGAUUGGUCUCAUCCUCUCUGUGGGAAUAUCAGUGCUAAGGUUGUUGUUGUUCGUGGGAAGACCAAAGAUAUAUCUAAUGGGAAAGAUUCAGAACACAGAGAUCUUUAGGAAUAUUGAACAGUAUCCUCAAGCCACUACUCUCUCUGGUCUCAUCAUUCUCCAUAUCGAUGGUCCUAUUUACUUCGCUAACUCUAGCUACUUGCGAGAUAGAAUUGGAAGGUGGAUCGAUGAGGAGGAAGAGAAACUGGGAAAGAGUGAAGAAAACAGUCUACAAUACAUCAUACUUGAUUUGAGUGCUGUGGGGAACAUCGACACGAGUGGAAUAAGCAUGCUUGAGGAAGUCAACAAAAUACUAGGACGAAGAGACCUCAAGCUAGUGAUAGCAAACCCAGGAGCAGAGUUGAUGAAGAAGCUAAGCAAGUCCAAGUUCAUAGAGACCAUCGGCAAAGACUGGAUUCAUCUCACGGUAGCAGAAGCCGUCACAGCCUGCGAUUACAUGCUCCACACAGCUAAACCGGACUCACCGGAGAAAAUCUCCGGUGUACCGGAAUUCAACAACGUUUAAGAUGGUUACAAAUUAAAAUCUCACAUUAAUAUAUUUUCACCAAGAAUAAAGUCGAAAAGCUAAGAGUCUGUCUGUUAUUCAAAUUUUCACUACUUACUACUAUUGCGUUCAAAAACAUAACGCUGUUAAAUUAAACUUUUUUUCA